UGAGCUGCCGCCGACUGCAGGAAUGUUGCACUAGGAGGCGUCCUUGCCCAGGCCAUCGACGUCCUGCUCUCUGGAAGUUUCACCGAGAGAAAAAGAGGGAGUGCAACACAUUGCAGCGGAGUGAGUGGGGACAGGCUGGCCGAUCGCGGUCUUCUUCCUGUUGGCUUCGUUUCCUUCGCCGAGGAGGGGCUGGCGACACUUUCCCCGGGCUGUAGCGCAGGGGCCGCGGGAAUGCCUCGUUGCAUGCCGAAUCGUUCGGGGCUUGCUGUACGUGCCAAGAGAUGAAAGCGGAAGAGGAGCCGGCUAGUGCUCCUGCUGUCGCCCCGCUGCCCAAGCUGCUCUCCGCCCUCUUCUAUGGAGCCUGUUCUUUCUUGAUCGUCCUGGUGAACAAGUCAGUGUUGACUACUUACAGAUUUCCAUCUCCAUUGUUUUUGGGAAUUGGACAGAUGAUGACCACUAUUCUCAUCUUGUAUACGUCAAAAUUAAAUAAAAUAAUUAACUUUCCUAAUUUUGACAAAAGUAUCCCUAAAAAGCUGUUUCCACUUCCUCUGAUUUAUGUGGGAAAUCACAUAAGUGGAUUGUCAAGCACAAGUAAGCUAAGCCUGCCAAUGUUUACAGUCCUUAGGAAGUUUACCAUUCCACUUACAUUACUGCUGGAAGUCAUUAUACUUGGGAAGCGCUAUUCAUUGAGUGUCAUACUCAGUGUGUUUGCAAUCAUCUUUGGGGCUUUCAUAGCUGCUGGAUCUGAUCUGGCUUUCAGUUUGGGAGGUUAUGCUUCUGUGUUGCUGAAUGAUAUCUUCACAGCAGCAAAUGGAGUUUACACAAAGCAAAAAAUUGACCCCAAGGAGCUGGGAAAAUAUGGAGUCAUUUUUUAUAAUGCCUGUUUUAUGGUAAUUCCUACAAUUCUUGUAAGUUUUUUCACUGGAGACUUACAGCAGGUUACUGAUUUCAAGCAAUGGACCAAUGUUUUAUUCAUAUGUCAAUUUCUGCUUUCCUGUAUAUUGGGGUUUCUUCUAAUGUACUCUACGGUUCUCUGUAGCCACUAUAAUUCUGCCCUCACAACCACGGUGGUUGGUGCUAUCAAGAAUGUGUCCAUCGCUUAUAUAGGAAUGCUGGUUGGUGGAGACUACAUUUUUUCUAUGUUGAACUUCAUAGGACUCAAUAUCUGCAUGGCAGGGGGACUGAGAUACUCAUUUCUAACAAUACGGGGACAGGACAGUCCUAAGCACCUAACAGAUGAAGAAAAUGUGAUAUCCAGUGCCAAGAGCUAGCAGAAGGAACUGGUGUGAAAAGCUGUAACGAUACCAGCCCUGAUGGAAAUUAGGCAAGCAUGUGCAGGAAUCUACCUCAUCACACACUGUGGCCCAGGGCAUCCUCAGCUGAGCAGUGUUCUGGGACAGAAUGUGACAUCUGGAAACCAGUAGUCAGUAGAUGUGCUUGAUUCUUAUGCAUCAAGAUGCAAUAGCACAAUAUCUUUGCACUCUCCUUGAGACAGCUGGCAGGUUAGAUGAUACUUUGUCCUUGUCCUGGAAAUGUUUGCAUGUAGCUAAAUUCAAAAUGUUUGUCUAAUUUUACGUUGUCAGCACUUUUACACUGUCAGAAUUCUUCCAUUCAGAUACAGUUGAUUUGCUGCUAAGUUACCUCAUUGGUGACUGUGGAAUCUAGAAUAAAAUGCUAGCUUAAACUGUCAGAAAAGUUUAAGGGUGUUCAAACAAAAUUGUCAAGUUGCCACAUUUUACAUAAACCUCAGAAGCCUGCUUACUGCUACAGUCUGCUUCUGUCUCUCUGUUCACAACUUAAUGUGUCGCUUGAACCACAGCCAGCCAGCUGACGCAUGGCCUCGCUCAUGGCCCUGAGGCUCCAUCCACCUCUGUAAUUGUACAACUCAAUGUACAGAGAGUACCCAAGCAGAAACCUUAUCUCCUAGGUUAAUCAAUCCCAGCUCUACUACAAGGUCUUAAAAUGUGCAGCCUGUAUCAUCCCAAAUAUCCCCACCAACCUUGUGUGUGCACUGCUGGUGCUUAUAACUGACAUUGAGUGCCCAGAAAGCACAUCUGAUACUGGAAAUCUGUCGUGCCUUGUGUGCAAACUUGUACACGCUGUAUGGAAUAAGGGCUUCUUUUCUUACCAUGGCAGUUGUUUCUUUAAUUCGCCCUUUGAAACUAUUACUGUUCAUGAAAUCAAAGCCUUUGUCCAAUAAUUUGUUCUGUACUGUCACAGACAGAAUGGCCAGACUUCCUUUCACCUUUGGGUUUAGUUGGGAGAAAGCAAUUAAUAGCCAAGAGAGUGUUAACAAAUCAUGGAAAAAAUCAUGGAAAAAAGAGUGAGGUGCACAUGCGCUAAAACACAUUUUCCAAACACAUUCCCUCUUAAUUCACACACUGUGUAGUGAUGAUGAUUUGGGAUGCACAAGUCCAGAAUAUUCGUGAUACAUGGCAUAAAAUGAUAUAAAAAUGUACCCUGUUGUUUACCAAGGACAAAAUGACUACUCAAGAUUAAUCUGUUCAGUAGGAUUUUGCUUAAGUUCUGUAUUCUGGUUAAGAUUCAUUAGCCAUGAGACAGAGCUGGGUGAACUAUAUUCUAUGCAUGGAGGAGAUGUGACUCUUCUGGCACAAAUGUACUUGUCUGGUAUUUAGCACAUUUACAGCUGUUGUCAAGGUUACAAACAGCUUAGUGUUGCCUCAUUGUUUCCAGAAGGGUUUUCGCAAGAGUCAGUCCUUUCCCCAAUGCUUUUCAAUAUUUAUAUACUCCAGUUACCCAGUGAAGAAUUUUGGCCUGAGUUGUCACCCAUAGGCAAAUGAAGUGAAGCUCUCCCUGUUGAUGGACAACCACUUGGGAUUAGUAUCAACAGACAUGAUAGUUGCCUUGAGGUGGCGGUAAAGUGGUUGAGAUUGAGCAGGCUGAAACUUAAUCUAAGAUGGAGGUCCCAUGGCUGAGCCAGACCAGUCUAAGGACAAGGGCUACAGUUACCAGCUUUUGAUGGGAUGCAAGUCUGGAUGGAUGUCAUCCUAGAUGUGUCACUGACCAUGAAAUAGCAGCUCUCACCUAUUACCAAGAUGGCUUUUAAUACUCUUCAUUGUAUUUGGCAAUAAGCCCCCUACCUGUCUCGCUAUGACUUGGCCACAGUAAACCAUGCAAUUCACCUCAAGGUUGGAUUACUAUGACUGUGUAGGCCUCCCCUGAGGCUACUCUGGAAGCUUCAAUUGGUACAGAAUGCAUCUGCAAGAGUUGUAACAAAGGCCUCUUGGAAAGAUUCUGUUCAACUUGUUCUUGCCAGCUGGAUUGGUUGCCAAUAUGCUUCUGGAUCAGGUUCAAGAUGCUGGAUUUAAUCUUUAAAACCCUUAACAGUCUGGGGCCCACAUAUAAAGAACUCUUGCCUUCUGCACAGCAACUUCCCUUUUCAUCCACUUUGUAAUUUGGACUUGUCCACAUUCUGCACAUAUGUACUUAAAAGUAUUUUCUAUUGCUAUAGAGGUCUGAAAACUUUCCCUUUCCCCUUCAGGCCCUCUCAUAUAAUUACCUCUCGUGAGAGGUUUUUCUGAGUAGGAGAAUCAGGUCUUAAUUCAUUGUUAUGGAGGAGAUAUGGGGAGGGCAAUGGCCCUGUAUUCUUAAAUUGUGUAACUCAGCUAAAAUAGAACAAAACUCAUAACCCUGUAGAGAAAUGUUUUAGAUGCAUUAGUUGUGGUUUAAUUUGGGACUCAGCUAGAGGAGGUACUUUGUUUCUAAUAAACAGAAGCAUGAUGUGUGAUAGCAACAGUUUGUCUUUUUGCAAGUCUUUAAUUUUUCUGUUUUAUCUUUCCUGUGGGCUCUUUCACAUGGUUUUUUUUUCACACCCAUUUUAGAAGACUCCCAUGUGGAGAAUUGAUUCAUUUAAUCAGUUUAGGGUAGGUAGGGUGCCUGUCACCAAGACUUUCUGUCCACAAUGCACCCAUUGAGUUCUGUUUCCAUAUCAGCAGAUAGUGUCUGCUUGGUCAUUUUCCCACAUGACUCUGUUUUGUAGCUAAGCUCAUAACUGAACAAAUAAUUGUUCUGUGUUGCUGUUGAUUAGAAAAAACAUACUAGCAGAAGUCAACCCAGGAAUAAUGCAAAAGCUUCCUUUAGGGUAUCAUACCUUUCUGUAGAAUAUUUAUUGUUUUUCAGCAUUAUGUCCUUUUAAGCCCGUAACUUCAGUGGAUUUAAAAGAGUGUUACUCUGCUUAGAAUUCCACUGUUAUUCAAGGCUGCUGUUCAGUAAAGAAUAUCAUAUACUAGAUGCUGGGAUUGUGAUCAGUGUACACUGAUGUCUUUAAAUCCUUAUAAUUCCUUGUACAUGGAUAACUUUUAAUUUCUGGGUUCAUACACUAGCACCAUAUGAUUUCAGUGUGGAGGAGUUCCUCACGUUUGAAGACAUCUUGGAAAUUUCUCCCUUAUUGUUUCACUCAGUUAACCUUGAAAAUCCAUAAAUGUGAACUUCUGAAUAAUGGUAAUCUAACAGAGGCACUGCAACCACUGCCAUUGUGUGAAUGACAAUCAAGCCUUCAAUAGUUUAGUAAAAGGCCAACCAGCAAAAUUAAAGGUCCCUUAAUAAUGAAGGCAUCUGCUUGUCUAGUUCUGCUUUAUGUAAUCAUGUUUUAUAGUAUGCUUUUUGUAAAUCCCAAGAAAUCCUAUUUGUUAAUAAAAUAUUAGUUCCCCUU